AUGGCACAGAGUGGACUGGACCAGGAAGCCUUCUUCUGUCCCAUCUGUUUGGACCUCCUCAGGGACCCAGUGACUGUCCCAUGUGGACACAGCUACUGCAUGAGCUGUGUGCAGCACCACUGGGAUCAGGAGGACCACAAGCAGCUCUACAGCUGCCCUGAGUGUCAUCUCAGCUUCAGCCCCAGGCCUGUCCUGGGAAGGAGUACCUUACUGACUUCUCUAGUGGAGCAGCUGAAGAGCGGGCUCACAGCGCCCUCUGCUGCACAUUGCUAUGCCGGACCUCAGGAUGUGUCCUGUGAUGUGUGCACUGGGAGGAAGCUAAAGGCAGUUCAGUCCUGUCUGCAGUGUCUGGUCUCUUACUGUGAGCACCACCUGCAGCCUCAUCGACACGUACCAGUGUUACAGAAACACCAGCUGGUGGCGCCUUCACACACGCUUAUGGAGAACCUGUGCUCUGAACACAACGAGGUGAAGAAGUUGUUCUGCCGCAGCGACCAACAGACCAUCUGUUACCUCUGCUCUGUGGGCCAGCACAAGGGUCAUCACAUAGUGACCACUGCCUCAGAGAGGGCUCAGAGGCUGACAGAGCUGCCGGCCAGAAGGGCUCUACUGCUCCAGAGCCUCCAACUCAAAGAGACAGACCUCCAGAGGCUCCAACAGGAGGCCCAGGACAUCAGCCACUCUGCCCAGACAGCAGUACAGCUCAGCGGAGACAGUUUCAGAGACAUGGUUCUUCUCCUGGAGGAAAGGCGCUGUGCGGUGGAGCAGCAGAUUCGCUCCCAGGAGCAGACCCAACUGAGCCGAGUCCAAGAGCUCCAGGACCAACUGCAGCAGGACAUCAGGGGGCUCAAGAAUAGAAUCUCUGAGCUGGACUCACUGGCCAUGACCCAGGAUCAUAACCAGUUUAUACAGCUCUACUCCUCUCUGUCCAGACACACACAAGAGAUAGUCCGAGACAGGGUCCACACAGGCUCCCAGCGCUACUAUGAGGAGGUGACCAGUGCUGUGUCCAUCCUCAGAGAGAAGCUCCAGCAGGCUGUGGAGGAGGGGCUGAGCAGCCUCUCUCAAGCCCUGAGGGACACCUACAGUUUAGUGGCUCCAGCGAGCACCAGAGAGGCCCUGCUGCAGUACGCCCAGGACAUAACACUGGACCCAGACACAGCUCACUGCAGACUGUCUCUGUCUGACGGAAACAGGAGAGCCACAGUGGAGAGAGAGAACCAGGGCUACCCCCACCAUCCACACAGGUUCAGCAGCAGGGGCCAGGUGCUGAGCAGAGAGAGCUUGACAGAGCGCUGCUACUUCGAGGUGGAGUGGGGUGGGAGGAAGGCGCGGGUUGGACUGGCUUACUACGAUAUGGAGAGGAAGGGAGCCUCUGCACAAAGCGGACUAGGGUUCAAUGACAAAUCCUGGGCCUUAGACUGCGACCACGAUGGGUACUCCUUUUGGUCUGACGGGGUCCAGACCCAGGUCUCAGGUCCGGUCUCGUCCAGGAUCGGGGUUUACCUGGACCACAGCGCAGGGGUUUUGGCAUUCUACAGUGUAAGGCAAAGAAGCAGCAUCCUCCUCCACAGAGUCCAGACCACCUUCACUCAGCCUCUGCUCAUCGGGCUCAGCCUUAACUGGUUUAACCCUGAAGACACUGCGUAUCUCCCACAACUAAAAUAAGAAAA